CACUUUUCUCCCUUUUUCUUUGCUUACUUCAUUUAUAAGAACUACUUAUUUCCAUAUCUCCACCGCCUCUCUCUUAGAUUCCCUCAUCACUUCACCGCAAAGCAUCUCAGAAACAUUACUUCCCUCAGACUUCAUCCUUCUUUGACGUAACUCACAAAAGGGUUUCAUUAUUUUCAAUUUUUCUCACUAUAUUUCUAUGUUUCUUGGUCUUUUAUGCAACUUGCAGUCGUAAAAAUUGAAUCUUUAUACAAGAUCAUUACAAGACAGCGUUCAAACUUGCUGUUUUUGAGUAGUUGGAAAUUCUUAUUAUAAUAUUUUUAUUCAAUUUAUGGAGAUGUAGAUGUCCAAUCACACUUCUUGGAUUCGGAAUAUAGAGAGAUAUAUGCAAGAAUGGAGGGAUAUGUUCAUCAGCUUCUAACAAACCCUAAUUCAGAUAUGGAAGACUCCCCAAAUGAGAAAGAAUUGGAAGCGGGGGCCACCACGAGCUCCGGCGGCGGGGGGCGGCGGCCGAGGGGGCGUCCGCCGGGCUCGAAAAACAAGCCGAAGCCGCCGAUUGUGGUGACACGUGACAGCCCCAAUGCGCUGCGGUCGCACGUGCUGGAAGUCGCCUCGGGCGCCGACGUCGUCGAGAGCGUCUCCGUCUACGCGCGCCGCCGCGGGAGGGGCGUCUGCGUCCUCAGCGGCGGCGGCACGGUGGCCAACGUCACGCUCCGCCAGCCCGCGGCGGCGGGGGCGGUGGUGACUUUGCACGGCCGCUUCGAGAUUCUUUCGAUUUCGGGCACCGUGCUGCCGCCCCCGGCGCCUCCGGGGGCGGGCGGCUUGUCGAUUUUUCUGUCCGGCGGGCAGGGGCAGGUGGUUGGUGGGAUUGUGGUGGCGCCGCUCGUGGCGUCGGGGCCGGUGGUGCUGAUGGCGGCGUCGUUUGCGAAUGCGGUGUUCGAGCGCCUGCCGUUGGAGGAGGAGGAGGAGGGCGGCGCUGCGGCGGCGCCGAGCGCGUCUCAGUCGUCUGGUGUCACGGCGGGAGGCGGCGGCGGCGCUGGUGGCGAUGGAUCUUUUUUUAAUUCCGGCGGGGGAGGGGGGAAUGUGGCGGCGCAACCGGGGAAUUAUCCGUUUUCGGCGGAUCUUUUCGGAUGGGGAGGAGGAGGAGGCGGCGGAGGAUCGGGGAGUGGGGCGUUUUGAUGAUCAAUGUAAUGUUUUCUUGAAAUGUAGUUUGUGUUGAUUAUUUACUUAGCUUUUAUUUCAUGUGGAAGAUUUUGGGAAUGUGAUGGAAAAGAUGUUUUUUUUUGUUUGUGGAGCUUACCACAUUAUGUGACAUGGCAUAGAGUUUGAUGGAAAUUGGCAAAGCAAAGAUGUGAUUUUUGAAGAAUGGAAGGUGGGAGUGCAGAAGAUGAUGAAUGUGGAGGUUAGUAUAGGUUGCACUUUAUGCUUAGAUAGUAGUACGUCUUGGACAUCUUUUGCUCAUGAUUCUGACUAAUGGUUUGAUUUACUACAUCAGUUACCAUUUUGUUUAUUAGGAUUAUAAUCUUAUUUGAUGUAUCGGAAUCAGAUAUGACAUUAUGGAGUAGUACUUAUUAAUUAAUGGCAUUUGCGUGGCUGUUAUCUUCA